AUGCUGGUGAACAUCCAAGCACAAGAUCAGAGCAUCACCUACACAGGCUGCCUCUCCCAGGUUAGUUUCGUGUUGAUUUUUGGUGGCCUGGAAAAUUGCCUCCUCGCAGUGAUGGCCUAUGACCGCUAUGUGGCCAUUUGCCACCCACUGAGAUACACAGUCAUUAUGCAUGCUCGACGCUGUGUCCUGCUGGUUCUACUCUCCCUGCUCGUUACUACUGUGAAUGCCCUGCCUCACAGUCUGAUGAUUCUGCGUCUGUCCCUCUGCACAGACCUGGAAAUCCCUCACUUCUUCUGUGAACUUGCUCAGGUCAUCAAGCUCUCUUGUUCUGAAACACGCAUCAAUUACCUGUUAAUGUAUUUAGGGACUAGCCUAUUUGCUGGUGUUCCUUUCUCUGGGGUCAUUUUCUGUUUCACUCAAAUUGUCUCUUCUAUUCUGAGGAUCCCAUCAAUCAGGGGACAGUAUAAAGCCUUUUCCACCUGUGGGUCCCACCUCUCUGUUGUCUGCUUAUUCUAUGGGACAGGUUUGGGUGUGUACAUGAGUUCUGCAGUCAGUGACUCUUCAGUUAAGAAUGCAGUGGCUUCAGUGAAGUACAUUGUGGUCCCUCAAAUGCUGAACCCCUUUAUCUACAGCUCGAGGAACAAGGAAAUGAAAGAAUCCUUAAGACAUCUAAUCUCUGGUACACCUUCCUUACUGUGA